AUGAUUGCCUCUGUUAACUCAGCAGUGCCUUUGCCUGCAGGUGGCUUCCAGAGGCACCAGCUGGAGGAGUCAGAAGAGCUGCUUGAUUCAGAAGGUGCUUUGUUUGAAGGAGCCAAUGCUGAUGAACAGGACCUGUCAAUUAUUGAACCUGAUGAACCUGCUGAAUCAGUUGACAUCUUUCAGGAGGUCUUAGAUGGCAAUGAUGGGGAAAGUAAUACAGAGGUUCUUCAACUAGAAGACUUUGUGAUUCAAAUGGAAUCCUCUGUGCCUCCAAUGCAGGUUGACACCACCUUUGUUCAUGCCAUUGAACAGUAUCUUUCCUCUCAAGAAGACUCCCCUUCCCUCCAUGAAACACGGGUUAUCAUUGAUAUCCAUGGCCGAAAGCAGCUCAUAGAUGCCGAAGAUCUCUCUCGCCUACAAGGGCCUACACGGUGGUUGAACAAUUUCUGUAUCAACGGGGUUGCAACAGCAAUCAUGAAAUCCCUUCUCUCCGAGGAGGAUAUCGCCCGAAGUGCAUUGCUUGACACCUUGGACCUCCAUCGAGUCCAAUAUGGGUCGGAUGAAGCCAUCCUUUGGCACCAUUUGGCUCCAACCGAAUACUGGUCUAAACCCUUGUGGCUGAUUCCUGUCCAUCGACGCUCACAGCAGCACUGGGUCUUAGCUGUAGUGUCAGUAGAAGAGAAGUUGGUCUUCUUCUAUGACAGUUUUGCAGAGGUGGAAGGUUGGGAGGCUGACUUCAAGGACAUUGCAACUCUCCUCUCACACAUGUUUGCUCUUGCUGCUGCUCAUGGUCACAAAAUCAAUACAAAAGCGGCCACUGUCCCAUGGUCUGCACACCCAUUAUUCCACCAAAAUGUGCCUCAGCAAAGCAAUAGCCAUGAUUGUGGUGUCUGGGUUUUAUGCAUGCUCACAGCUAUUCUUCGUGGUUAUUCCACUGUGAAUAUUGCUGAGGCGGACAUACCAUAUAUCAGGAAGCUCUUCACUCGGCUGAUCUAUACAUUUCCCCGGUAUGUGCGGAAGAAAAGAGGGGAUCAGAGGUAG